ACCACAAACAAUCCCUGCCACACACCAUACAACACGCUACUCUCUUCCACUCUGUCACACACACACACACACACACACACACAUUAUGUAUUGUUCUUUUUAUCUGUUUUGCUUUUCAUUGGUUUUGAAUGUCGUGAUUUGUAAUGUCGAUAUUUUGUAGCCUAUCCCUCACUGUUUUCAUGUUUUUUUUUUAAUUGAGUUUAUGUUAUUUUUUGUUGUUUUAUUUUAUUUUUUUCUUAUUUGUUUGUUAUUUUUUUUUAUUAGUUUUAUAUAUUGUGUGUUGUGAAUGUUGAGUUUAGUAAUGUCGACAUUUUGAAGCUCCUCCCCUCCUCAAAUAGACUAAUACCAUAAUAACACUGAAUAUUCCACACAUAAUUCCCUGAUAAUUUUCAAAUAAUGAAAAUUUAACACAUACAAAGACAUAGUAUUGGAAUUUAUAUCGAGAAAGGAGAAGAGAGUCAGUUCCUUUGAGAGCCACAGCCGAUCAUGGCGUCUCUACCUCCCGCCAAGACACACGGUCGAGCUCACUGGAGAGGCAUUAUAUUUUCAGCAUUUAUAGACGUGAUAGUGCCGUGACAGAGGUGCUGGAGGUUAUUUAGGCACCAAGGAACAAGUGUGUAAGGUGUGGCAGUGGUGUUGAUAAGGGAUUACUGUGUUGGGAGGGAAAGAAGUGUGGUGGGCCGGGUGUUUGCUCCAUGUCAACAAACUUAGUGCUGGUGACAGUGGUGAUGGCCGUGUGGUGUUUGGUGUUGCUUAUAGAUCCCAUAAACACACUCAAACACCCCGCAACACAUCCAGAACAUGUCCAUAUACACCCACACACAUAAAGUGAAGUGAUGACAUUCCCGACAGCAGCAAGCGGCGAGGCAAGAACAGUGCAAGCCUUCACCACAACCCUCCACAGCGCCUCACGAUCAUUUAUUUAAGGUUCAGGCGUGUAGAUGGAAGCAGUAGAAGAAAGAGAUAAGAAGGAGGACGAAGAAGAAAGGAAAAUGGAAGCGGAAGAAGAGGAGGAGCCAAGCCACAAUGUUUAGAUAAGUCCCCCUUUUAAUCUUACCGCUUUGGUGUUUUUGGGGUAUAUCUGAAGUAUUUUAAGUGUGCUUGGUAGUGUUGCAGGGUGUUUUGGGUGUUAUAAGUGUGUUUUGGGUUUAUUUUUUGUGUUUUCAGAGUGUGUUAGAUAUUUUACAUAUCUUGAAUGUGGUGUAGAGGGGUGUUUGAUGAUAUAGGUGUGUUCUGAUUGUGGUUAGGGGAAUUUUGAGGUGUUGUAUGGUGCGUUGAAUGUGUUUUGGGUUUUAGUUUUAAGUGGUCUGUGCAUGUGUGUGGAGUGUUUUGGGAGUGAUUUUGGUGUAUGCUGGGUGUUUCUAGUUGAAUUAUGGUUUAUUUAUUAAUAUUUUGAAGUGUUGCAUAGUGUUUUGAGUGUAUUUUGGGAUAAUUUUAUCUGCUUACUUUUGUUACUUUUUGUAUAAUUUCAUCCUAUCAUGGAUGCAGCUGAGGUGGGCCUCUGCUGUGGCCAGGCAGUUCAGCCUUGCUGUCAGCCCUCCAUGUGAUGAGUGAGUUGCCAGUUGAGCUGGAGUAUCCUGGUAUUUGGGGCUCGUCUGGUAUUGUAGACAACCAUCUGUCUAACUUUUUCUUGAAGAGGUCAGAUGUGACCCCUGUCAGGUUCCUGAUGGUGUCUGGCACAGCAUUGAAGAGACGAGCCCCAUUUUGUGAGAAGCAGUUAUGCAUGCAAGUCUUUAUUUUAUGAGACGUUGGUUCUGCCCUCUUCACAUAGCAUAACCACCCUCAUCUUGGAUGUGGGUUACAUUGUAUGCCCACAUUUGGAUUUUGAGCAUUUUGAAAUUGUUUGGGUGUGUUUUGUGGUGUAGUGGUGUUAUUGGUGUAUAUUCUGAUUCUGAGUUAUAAAGUGCAGGACAGGCAUAUUUUUUGGGUUGGUUUUUGGGGAUGAUUGAAAUAUUACUGUUGUCUUUCUUUAACCGUGUUACUGAAGCAAGAAUCUUUUACAAAUACAACUUAGGUGACCACUGUUUUUCAAAGUCCACAGUUAUGAGGAAGUUUGUUCGUAAGAGUGUUUUUGCUAUUGAUUUGAUAGAUAUUUUGGUAAUCUGUCAAUAGAUCAUCAACACGUCCCCUGAAAACCAGUGGGGUUUGGGUGUGUUUCUAGGGUUUUUUUGGGGUGUUUGGGGUGAAAGAGUGGGCUUUUGUAGGGUUUGGGUGUGUUUUGGUGUUUGAGUGUUUGGGGAUAUUUGGGUGUGUGUUUAGGGUAUUUAGGGGGAUUUGAGUGUGCUUUGGGUGUGUUUAGGAUGUGUUUGGUGGUGUUUGAAUGUGUUUGGGUAAUAUUUAGAUGUCUCUGGCAACCGCAUGUUCAAACAUCCCAAAACACACCAAAGCACACCAAAAACAGCACAGAACACACGCAAGACACCCCAAAACACCCAAAAACACACUAAUUUCCAGCCUAACUUAAUCUAACACCCCCAACCACUCCUCUCUCACCCACAGAUUUGUACCUUGCAUUUUUAAGUCUUUUUAUGUUUUUUUUUUUAUUAUUCCUGUGUUUUAAUGUUUUUUAAUGUUUCCAUAUGUUUUUCAUUGAAUAUUCCUGCGUCUUGGAUGUUUUUAAUGUUUCCUUCAUUUUUCUUACAUUUCAUUACAUUUUUCCAGUUUAUUUCAACAAUUUAAGCCUCAUUUCCAACCUAACCUAACCUAGCGUAACCAGACACACCAAACCACUCGCUCUCUUUCCCACAGGCCAUGAGGGGAGUCCAGCACGCCAUCAUAGACAACCUGCAGUUCAUGCUUAGGAUGGGACACACUGGGACAGCCUCAGACCAUUGGUGGGAGCAAGACAAGGCUGUGGCAAAUCUGUGGAGGUUUGCCACUCAGACCUGUUGCCAUGGUACUAUUAUUGUGCAUCCUAAGAAGUGGCGAGGAACAAGGUAAACCGUGAGCAGCAGGCUUCAGGAAGAGGAAGCAGGGACGCAAGCUGGAAGACACGAAGACCAGCCGGAGGGCGCCGUGGCCACGAUGGCUGACGUGUUCUCCAUGAAUGACGCAAGGAACCUCCUCGCCAACAAGUUUGUUCUUCUCAUUGGAGAUUCAAACAUGAGGGGCAUGUACAAGGACCUACUGUGCCUCCUUCACCAGGGCACCAUAACACCAGAGAGCAUCCUGCGCCGGGGUAGUGAGGUGGCACCACAGUAUGGCGAUGAGAUGCUUAAGAUGGCUAGCCUGAGGAUGGGACGCAGCUACUUUGAAGUUCGCCAGUGCAAGAAGAAAGAUUUGUGGCUGCGCUUCAUCUUUGUGACACAGGUUGCUGCUCCCACUCUGAUGAAGGAACUGAAGAGCAUAGAGGAAGGCAAACUGCCCCCUCCUGACAUUGUUGUGGUGAACUCCUGCCUGUGGGACAUUACAAGAUGGGGCCCAGAGCAGGAGGACCAGUACAAACAAAAUGUGGCAAAUCUAUUUCACCGCCUACAGUGCUUGCUGCCCCCUGCAUCUCUGGUGGUGUGGUUGGCCUCCCUGCCCGUCGCCACAGAGAGGGUGAAGGGUGGUGUAUUCAUCCAGCAGAUUGAGUUUAUGAAGCACAGCAUGCGAUUCAUGUUGCUGGAAGCCAACAUGUGUGUCCACAACCUGUGUCAGGCAUUUGGCUUCAGCUUCCUUGACCUCCAUUACUACAUGCAGUACCAACUCAGCAGACGAACUAACGAUGGACUGCACUGGGAGCCGCCUGCUGUUCGAUACAUGGUCAACUUACUCCUGACACACAUCACACUGUCUUUUGAUGAGGAGUUACCAGGUAACAUUGCUAAACCCUUCCUGCUGCAGAAGCAUGUCAAGGUGAAGGAGGCAGCCAUGGAAAACACACACAGCAAGAUUUACUUGGAUUCAAAAAUAAUGAAACACUUGGAUAAGCUUGGGCUUCAAAUGAAAAGAGUGACGGAUAAAGUAUCUUCCUCAGGAAGAAAGAAAGAGGAACCACAAUGGAAGAGAGUGAUUGUGACGAGACAGCCUAGCAGGGCUAGGCACAUCAACAACAACAAGUCAGCAUCAGUAAAGCCUUCACAGAGCAGAGGCCACAUCAAGUCCAGGAUUAGCAUGUUGUCAGACCACAGAGAAGAUACAAGGAGUGUCCAGGAGGAGGAAUAGAUAUGCAGCUGGAUGAACCAUCAGGCCAGUUUCUCAGUGAUGGUGGUCCUUCAGGUUAUGUGCAGAAACCACAGAGCUUGUUCAAUAAUGUCAACAUUGCCUGGCAACUUCAGAGCUACAACCAGCAGCCUGCCGACUCACAGAGGCACGUAAACAAUACAUUCAUGCCGUGGCAUCAGCCAGGAUGGCGUGGACACAGCAUGCUCCACACUGCCCUCUGCCCUUGCCAUCCUCUUCACUCUGGAGGAAACUGAUGAGUGGUUUGGGACACAUCAUACUCAGUGAUUCCCAAAGACUUUGCUGCGUUGAGGGUGUCAAAGAUGAGCUGCAGGGACAUCUGCCGACUCACCUCCACCACCAGACUCAGGUGAUGCUGCUCCUGAAGGAUGAGGAAAAUUACAAGUGAAGAGAUUCAAGCUCACGUGGUUGGCUCAUCCAUCAGUACCAGGAGAGGGUUGCCCAGCAGCGACAACGCCACCGACACCUUCCUCUUGUUGCCACCAGACAGGUGCCGCACCUGUCUCGGCCACAGGCAGCUGGCCAGGGACAAGUCUGGGGCGUGGGAUGAGCAGCAGCACCCAGCCCACCAGCGCCCACACACUCAGGGCCACCAUAUACACCCCCAGGCCGCCCUGUAGGUCGCUGUCCCACGUGAACGGUGACUGGUACAGGUCCAUGUCGAACCGAGCCAUGAUGGACGCCUAAAAUAAGAACACAAUGGGAGAAGAGAAAUAUAAAGCCUUAUGUAGUGAGACCAAGAGAGGAGCAUAUGAACACACACCAGCCAGCCAGUACUCACCCUGGUGUAGCUAGCAGCCAUGUCCUUGAGGCUGCAGGUGAAGGCAAAGGGUGGGAACACCAGGAACACAUACUUGAUCACUGCUGCUGUGUCGUUCAUCCCUGCAAGAGGUACCAGGUGGACAAGAUACUGUUAGUUCUCUGUUGUGCAUGGUUCACCCUCCUCUGUCUGUGGGAACUACCUGUUCAGUGUAGUCAGUCAGUCAGUCAGUCAGUCAGUCAGUCUCUCUCUCUCUCUCUCUCUCUCUCUCUCUCUCUCUCUCUCUCUCUCUCUCUCUCUCUUGGGUGCAGUAUUUCUCAAUGUCUCAGCCAAGCACAGACAGAACAGUCAGCCCUCCUGUCCCACACUCUCUCUCCGCUGCAGGGCACAACAGAGGAGGUGGAGAUGCACAGGCUGUUACUAAUGUCAUGAUGCAAACACAA